AUGGCAGCUGACAUCACCACGACACUGGGUAUCCCAGGCCUCGCCGCCCCGAUAUUAGCAAACGCUACAAAGCCUAGCCUUGCCAACAUCAGCGCUCCCUUGCUUGCCACCAUAGUUCGCGAUAGCUACCGUGCUACCUUCAAAGCUCGCGUCGCCGCCGGCGAAGCACGACCUUUUGUACUCCCUUAUGGUAUCUUUGCCAGCUUCAUCGUCCCCAUCCUCUACUUGACCUUUCCGCACACCAAACGGCCGUGGCUUUACAAGGCAAGAUGGCUUGUGCUAGCCUUCAUCGUCAUCUUCAACAUUGACAUCUUGCUGGGCACCUCUAGCACCAACAUGUCCAUAUCUUAUGCUAGCGGCCUGUCAGCCUUCUGGGGAAUACUGUCUAACUUAAUUAUGCUGGUAUUCACGGCACCACAAUUCGACUAUGAAAGAGUUGUUCGGAGGAGGAAGGGUGUCACCACCCCAAACAGAUCCAAGUCGUCUGCGGCUCGCGCAGCUCCAACAAACGGAUCCGGACUCAGGAAGCGAGCUAGUAGCAAGAAGCGAAGAGCCGACCAAGUCACGGCCCCUGAAGUCAACCUCGAAGAGUACGAGUACUACUGGCAGACUUUCCCAGAGAAUGGAUGUUUUUCAGAGCGACUGGGUUGGGUUAUCGACCUCUACACCAAUUUCAGAGGAGUCGGUUGGACUUGGGCUGUUUCGUCGGUUCCCAGUCCAGUUCCCCCGGAGAACCCUGGUACGGGUGAGCUCGUCAAGAUGGAUACCAUUCCGUUGGAAACCUUCGUGGGGUGCCAGACCUACAAAGACGAGAAAGAGUUCUUGCGACGGAAGGUCAUCCCCAUCGCAAUCUCGUAUAUGAUCCUCGACAUCGCCAAGGUUACCAUCAUGGAGGACCCAUACUUCUUCCUCGGAUCCGAUUCGUUACCCCUUCCUGCACAUCUCGCGGCUCUCCCACCAUGGGCCUUAUCCAUAUGGAGGCAUGCUUCCGUACUCGGUAUUCUCUACGCCGCACUCGUCAUGGUCUUCUCCGUUCAUGAUCUGUUCCAGUACUAUGUCCUCAGCAGAGUCUUCCCCAUGCGGGGUGAGCUGUGGCAGUACUCCACGGUCUUUGGUUCCUUUACACAGAUCUUGGACAGAGGCUUAGCCGGGUUCUGGGGAGCUUGGUGGCACCAGACCUUCCGACAUGCUUUCUCUGCUCCAGUCAGUUGGGCUGUAAAACGUGGCUAUCUCGAAAAGGGGGCGCGUAGCACAAAGGCAAUUGGGAUGUCUACCGCCUUCCUUCUUUCUGGUCUGCUUCACGGUUCCGGAAGCAUCAGCGCGAUCCCCGAGACCAAGUGGUGGAAACCAGCGCUUUUCUUCUGGUUGUCGGGGCUCGGCGUCCUCACUCAGCAAACGUUCUGUACGGCCAUGAAGCCCCAGAUUACAAAGAUGCCUCGCACGCUCAGGAGAGCUGGGAACCUCUUAUUCGUGCUCAUGUGGCUGCACGUCACCGUCCAGCCGUUGGCCGACGACUUUUCGCAAACUGGCCUCUGGCUCAUGGAGCCCGUCCCCGUUUCGGUCGUGCGGGCCCUCGGCUUCGGUCGCGGGGAGACGUCGUGGUGGAAGCCUGAUAUGGAGGCGAUUGGACAUUGGCAUGUUGGACAGCAUUGGUGGGAUUCUGGGUUCAGCUACUAG